GCUUGAGAUGAGGCUACGGAUUGCAUCGCUGGGGACGCUUUUCACUAAAAAAAGUACGGCGAUCAGAAUGUUCCGAAUGAAACAGCCUCUUACAUAUUUAACAAAUAAUCAUGGACAGGGGUCGGCGCAAACAGUGGCAGAAAGAAGCCGUUAGUCCACCAAAAAUAGCUGAUGCAAACCAGACCCCACGUGGAGCUUAUGAGGGACCGGACAAAUACGAUGAAUACUUGAUACAGCUGCAGUAUAAGAAUAGGUUACUGAAGCAGUUGAAAGCCAAGGAUGAAAAGCAGAUAGCCUUAGAGAGGAAAGAGCAAGGGUUUUCUUUGUAUGUCAAUGGAGCUCAUACCAACCUAGCAGGAGCCAAGCACUCCCCUCGAAAACCAACCACAAAGAAACCUAAAACUGCUGGAGAUUACCCACGAAGAGCUCUGAUUGGUCAGAUAGAUGUUCAUGACGAUCUCGACUUGGACAGAGCCAAGACAGCACCAGAGAAGGUUCAAAGAAAGAAUUGGACAAAGGCCUCUGUUGAUAUAAAGACAGAUCAAGGAGAGAGAUUAAAACUAAAAUCCAGACUUGCCCAAGCCACCGAGUAUUCUGAAGACUUUGAGGUUUACGAGAGUAUUGCUUCACAAGCCGACCACGAAGGUGAUGAGGAUGAUGGAGAGAAUGAAGAAAGGAAGAAUGAAGAGGAAGAAGAAGAGGAGAAAAGAGAUAGAAAUGAUGAGGAUGAAGAGGAUUAUUCACAGCUGACAAAGCAAAUGACUGUAAUCUUAGAAGGUGCAUCAGAUGGUGACAGUGAUCUUGAAAUUGAUGCUAGCCAGUAUACCAAAGAAGCAUCCUCCCAUCAGACAAGGAGAAAGAAAGGUGGAAAAACUGAAGAGGAAGAGGAGGAUGAAGAGGAUGAUGAUAUCGUAAACCAACAACUGCUCCUCAGCAUUGAAGAUGUAAAGACACUUAGGAGAAGUUUGGAGGCAAAUCCUCACAUAAGGAGAAGCAUUUGCAGAAAGGGCACCGAUUCUGAUGAAGAAUCAAGCUCCGAAGAUGAUAUUGAAGAAGAAGAUGAGGAUGAGAUUGAGGAAGAACUUGAUGUUGCUGAUGACAGCCUAGAUGCUGGGAGGAGAGAUAGUGGGGAGAAGAUGAAGAUCGAGCCUGGUGAUAUGAUAGUACUUGAUUUCGCAUCACACAUGAAACCUAAAUCCAGGGAACUUGUAACUGCAAAGAGGAAAGAAAAUGCUGAUGAUGUCUAUUUCCCUCCAAGAUCAAGUCAAGAUGAUCUUAAAAAACAAGGAACUCCAAAACAUAGGGAUAUUGUUAUGGAUUCAGGUCCUGUUGUGAGAAAAUCCACUCCCUUACAAACUCAGAAGAAGAAGGAUGAAGAGACUCACAAGUGGGCCAGCACUCCAAAGGAUGACGUCUCGGCCAUCCAGAAAGCUAUGGCAGCAGAGAACAGGGUUGCUACGGCAACACGAACGCAGAGUGGUGCCAGGACUGCUCCUAAGGAAGAGACCAAGCCAUUAUCUCCAUCACCCGAUGAUAUGCCCAAAAGACCGGUGACUGUUAUUCUACAUCGCGGCGACGAGAACAAACCCGAGACCGAUGACGGCAAUGAAACGGAAGAGAUUGCUGAACUGUCCAGUGCUUCGAUUGAAUCCUCGAGCCAUGACCCGUUGCUUAAUUCUCAGAACCUGGAUGACCUCAAGCUAGCUAUGGCCCUGGAGAAAGUCAAAGACAUGGAUGCGAAGUCACAGAGGAGACUUCUGAAGGUUCUUGGAAGACUAGAGGAUUCAACAAGCCCAAGAUCAUCCAGGAACACACCUCGUCACCACCCUUUAGGAAAUUUGUCUACAGAGGGCGCUUCUGAGAGUGAUAUCUUCAAGGGACCCAAGCUAGCUCCUCGCUCAAAGAGUGCAUCAAGUUCAAAGUCAAGUUCACUUGAAGCAUCAUCCCCUGUCCUUGAGGUUGUCAUUGAGAUCAACUCUAAUUGGGGUCAUCCUUCAAGGGUAGGGGUCACAGAGGUACAGUUCUUUGACCUCCAAGGUCAAAGGUUAACACUGCAGCCAUCGAGCAUUGAAGCUAGGAAUGCAGAGGAAAGCAAAGGAGAGCUUGCUAAUAUUAUCAAUGCCAAAAUGAAGACUACAAAAGAAAGGAACAUGUGGAGCUGUGAAUAUGAGAAGGGGUCACCAAUCUUACUUCUGUUCAGAAUCCCAUCCUCUCCCGCCGGCAGUGGGAUCUCUAAGAUGAAGAUAUGGAACUUCAACAAGACUCUGAAGGAUUUAAACAUCGGUGUCAAAGAAGCCAGAGUACUCCUUGGAGAUAAGGUAAUAUGGGAAGGAACGGUAGACAAAGGCUGCGGGAAUCAAGUCUUUGAUUACAGUACAACCAUUAUGAUUCCUAUGGAAUGUGCAAAGGAGAAUGCAAGUAACAGUAUUCCACCUGAUGCAGUAAAUAAGGAGAAACAAACUGCUAUUUUGAAUCCAGACACACAAAGAACUGAGCUCUCAGAACAAAGGAAAAAUGUGGAGCAGAGGUUGCAUGGUGCUGGAGACAAGGGCUUGCAGAGCAAUCACCCUCAGGGGAAAUCUGUGGAAGGGAGGUUGUCCAAUCCAAAUAAAAGCAACUCAAACAGUAAUGGGAAUGAGGAUCGGGAUGAUGACGGGAGCGGAGAGCUGCGGAGGAGCAUAGCGUUUGAGAUAGAUCUGGAUCUGUUCCCGUCCAAACCAGACCAAGAUCCAAAGGUGGACCAGACCAAGCGCAAGGACUUGACUCAGAAGCCCAUUGAAAAGAACAAGACUAAAGGUCAAACCCCUGCUAAACCUAAACCAAGUGCCACUCACCCUCCCAUAUCACUCUCUACUCCAUCUUCAGCCCAGAAAGGUCAGGUCCCAAAGAUCAGUGUAGACCCCAAACAUACUGCUACAUCUUCUGCGUCUCUAGAAGCCUCGGUCAAGGACUCCAUAGGGUCGAGCCAGGACCUUGGAUUGAGACCUGGUGUCUCAGAGAGCUUUAGUCCAGAAGACCCGAGACAGACUAUUAGAUGUGAGACCAGGGUGCUCAUGAGGUCAACGGACGCUACCCUUGAUCUGCCAGUGGUUGAUGACUCCAUUCAUAUCUAUGCUACACCAAGGUCCUCUCUGGAUGCAAGCAGGGAGAAAACUCCCAUUGCUGAUGAUGAUGUGACUCCAAGAGCCGUUCCAGUGGGAUUAGAAUCCUCACCAAACAAGACAAUCGCUGCCAGUGAGCAGGACACAAGCUUUGAUAAGGAAGAAUCUUCUAUGCUUGAUCAGCUCAAAGAAUUAACAGGCGAACAAGCAAAGAGCGAACGUCCUCACACUGAUAAGCCUUCAUGGCUGAAAGGGGAUGCAAAGAAAAAACGGGUAUCCAAGCCUAAGCAGCAGAAACCACCGUGGCUGAAUAUAUUAGAUGAUGAAGUCAAUAAGAGUGACAGCAGUAUCCCAGAGGAGGAAGAAGCCGACCCUCUUGACACCGGUAACCCAUGGCCCGGGAUGCUUAGACGGAACUCUGCAGAUAGGAGACCAUCCAAUGAGAUCCUGGACUAUGAUGAGACUAGCAUGGAACCAGCAGGGAGGAGGAGCAGGAACCAGGUCCAGAGCCAAUCCAAGAUAGCAGCAAUGGCUGAUGAUAUGGAGGAACUGCGAUGGCGACAGAAGGCCGCAGAGGGUGGCAUUAGUGACGAGGAUCACCUCUCGCCCCCUGCUAGAUUUGAAAAGCGCCCUCAUCAGUCCAGAAGCCACCAGGAGCGUAGUCUUGAGGAAUCCUGGACAUCUCUAUCUCUCUUUGAUAAAUCUCAGAAGGGGAGACUGGCAUCAAAUGUUAACCUGGAUGUAGAAGGUGAUGUUCUUGAUACUAUCUUAUCAGGAAGAAGAUCCAAGACUCAGGAAGAUGCUGAUAAUGAUGAUAGCAGCGAUGAGUUUGAGAUCCCCAUACUACCCUUCGGUCACUGCAUGACGAUAAACGUCAAGACGACCUGGGGUGACCGUCACUACAUAGGUCUCAAUGGAAUAGAGAUCUUUCAAAGCAAUGGGGAACAUGUUCAAGUCGCUAAGAUUACUGCAGAGCCCUGUGAUCUCAAUAUGUUACCGGAACACACCAACGACCCAAGAGUGGUGUCAAAUCUUAUUGAUGGUGUGAACUGCACCAGGGAUGAUAUACACAUGUGGCUUGCCCCUUUCACACCAGGCAGAAUGCAUCUCAUCACCAUGAUCUUUGCCCAUCCUGUCAAGGUCGCCAUGAUCAGGAUUUGGAAUUACAACAAGUCAAGAAUUCAUUCUUUCAGAGGAGCUAAGGAUAUAGAGAUCUCAUUGGAUGACAAACACAUCUUCAAAGGAGAAAUUGCAAGGGCUUCUGGAGCACUACAGGGAGACCCAAGCUCAUUUGGCGAUACCAUCUUAUUCACUGAAGAUGAAGAGAUCUUGGAACUGAUUUCUAAGAACGAUGAGGUGUACGUCGCAGCUGAGGAUUGGUUUAGUUCCAGCAUGGAUGAAGACGCAGCCCCGCCCACUAGACCACGCACAGCUGAUAUGAGUGACGAGCGACCAAUGACCACUGCCCGACAGAAUCGAGCUCGUCCUUCAAAGUCAGAAUCAAUAGUAGAGACCGGUCAAGCCAGAGGAAAUUCACCCCCUCCCAGGUCACAUGAUACCAGUAGUGACAGCACCCUCUACGCCAGAGCCAAUCCUGCAACAACAUCCUCCUGGAUAACGCAACCACAAAAUACUGUGUUCAGAGGCAGACAUAUGAAGCUGAAUUUCACAUUGACCUGGGGUGAUAUCUACUACCUCGGCCUGACCGGUCUUGAGAUCAUGGACAUAGAGGGCGACGCAAUCCCAAUAACGAUGGAUAUGAUUGAUGCUUGCCCGAGGGAUCUGAAUGAAUUACCAGAUUAUGGAACAGAUGAUAGAACUUUGGAUAAACUCCUGGAUGGGACGAAUGUAACCUCUUCAGACGAGCACAUGUGGAUGAUUCCAUUUACUGAGGGGGCGGAACAUCUAGUAACCAUCGACUUUGGGAGGGAGGUUCAAAUGACAGGGCUUAGGAUAUGGAACUAUAACAAAUCACCAGAAGACACCUACAGAGGGGCAAAGAUCGUCCAUGUCUGGAUAGAUGGGCAGGAGGUCUCACCCAGUCAGGGUUAUCUAAUCCGCAAGGGCCCUGGAAAGUGUUACUUUGAUUUUGCUCAAGACAUCAGCUUCGUCAGCCGGACAAACUGGCAGGCCUCCGUUGGACGACAGCAGAGGGUGGUUCCGGAUUCUCUCAGGCAAAGCCAAGUUGCUUUAGAGGUCCCCAGCCAGGAGUAUAUUCCUAUGCAUAUGCCAUGUGGAUUUGUAUUCCAGUUACAGCUCUUAUCAACCUACGGGGAUCUCUACUAUGUGGGACUGAACGGUUUAGAGUUCUAUGAUGCACAGGGAGAGAAGAUGGAACUCACUGAAUCAAACAUUGCUGCUUACCCUCCCAGUAUAAAUGUAUUAGAGGGUGUGUCAGACGAUACAAGGACCCCUGAGAAGCUUAUUGAUGGGGUCAAUGAUACAAUGGACGGAGGUCAUAUCUGGCUUGCCCCUAUUCUACCGUCUGUUAUCAACCGAGUAUAUGUGAUAUUUGAUGAGCCUGCUACUGUGUCUAUGAUCAAACUAUGGAAUUAUAGCAAGACCCCCGCAAGAGGGGUCAAAGAUUUUGGGUUGUUGGUAGAUGACCUUCUUGUAUACCAAGGUAUCUUAGGUCAGGUGACCUCAGCAGCGAGAGGUAUCUUACCCAGUAUGGAUGUACCUAUCCCAUACCACACCAUUCUAUUCGCUGACAAUGCAGAGCUCAGGAGAAGGGAACGACACACCAUUCUCCAAAACCAGCAGCAGGAGCAAGAUGUUCAGAUGACCGAUGAUCAUCAGGUGGUAGCUCACUUCAAAAAUCCUAAGAAAUCCUCAAACAAAACAGUGGAUCAAGCUCUAAGACCGAAGACCAGUGUCAUUACUCAGAGCUCGACGAGGAGAAGAUGAUGAAGCGUUCACAUUGAUUGCAGAAGAGCAGCUUGGAGCUUUCAGAACUGGAUGUGUGAUAAGUUUCUUCUCCAGAUGCUACCAUCACAUGUGCAAUUACCUUACACUAGGGCCCCUAUCUCUCAAAGAGUUGCGAUUGAUCCGAUCAACUACAACUAUGGACAGCCAGCCAUGUCAACAUCUAAAAUGCAACUUUGUUCAAAAUAUUUUCUAGAUAUGUUGUAUAUUCAUACAUUCAGAAUUCUCUUGAAGAUUCAGUGUGAUUUUCCUUGUUUACCAAGGAGAUGUGCAAAUUUCCUGUAGAAAAGAAAAUUAUGGUAUGGAUGGAUUUCCACUGAGUUGAGAUUGGUUAGUUUAAUGGUAGCUCUUUGUAAGACGGCCCUGACGUCGGGGUAGCAUUUCAUGCAGUUUGUCAGCACUGAUGAGGUUCCAUUCGUUGACAAUUACAACAGUCAAAGACUGAAGCACUGACAAGCUGUUGUUGUUUGACAGUUGCCAUAGUUACAGUCAUUGAAGAAUUUUAUUUUAGAAUAUUUUAUGAAAUAGGGCCAAUGUGCACUGAGAUAAGGAACAAACAGGUGGCUGUACAUGUAGGUGUGUUAAUAUGUCUUUGUCAGAUAUAAAGUGUUAGUUUUUGUUUCAACAAUUAUGGAGCACAUGAUGACAAUUUGGUGUUUACAGGGUGUUAGUGUAAGGCUGAUUGUUAUGUCAGUCACAGAACCAAACAUGACUAGAAGUCUGUGUUAUGCAUGGUGUUAACAUAGUGUUAGUGUAGGGCUGAUUAUAACAUCAGUCACAGCACCAAACAUUACAAGAAGUCUGUGUUAUGCAUGGUGUUUACAGAGUGUUAGUGUAAGGCUGAUCAUUAUGUCAGUAACAGCACCAAACAUGACUAGAAGCCUGUGUUCUACAUGGUGUUUACAUCGUGUUAGUGUAAUGCUGAUUAUAACAUCAGUCACAGUACCAAACAUGACAAGAAGUUCAGUGUUAUGCAUGGUGUUCAGAGUGUUUGUGUAAGGCUUUUCAUGUCAGUCACUGCACCAAACAUUAGAAGAAGCCAGUGUUAUGCAUGGUGUUUACAGAGUGUUAGUGUAAUGCUGAUUAUAACAUCAAUCACAGCACCAAACAUGACAAGAAGUCAGUGUUAUGCAUGGUGUUCAGAGUGUUAGUGUAAGGCUGAUAAAAUCAGUCACAGCACAAACAUUAUAAGAAGCCAGUGUUAUGCAUAGUGUUUACAGAGUGUUAGUGUAAGGCUGAUUUUCAUGUCCAUCACAGCACCAAAUAUUAUAAGAAGUCAGUGUUUAAGCAUAGUAAGAAUCCUAAUUCAUGCUCUCAACACCAACACCUUCAUCAAACGUAGAAUUGCCCACUAUGUAAGUUGUACCAUUUGUCUGAUAUCAAAGUAGAUAGAAUGGAAUGAUUAUACACGUAACCAAAAAUGAUGACUGGAUGAAAUACUGCGAUAUUCACAAAAGGCUAUAUCAUGUAUUUGUAAAUAUGACACAAUUUGAAUAUUGAUUCAUUUCAAUAGCCACAAAUAGAUCAAUUCAAUUGUUUUUAAUUGUGAUAUACAUUAAUUGAAAUUGUGCUAAUCAUUAGUAAAUAGAUGUACAUAAGAUUACUAUUUAUUAUUUGAGUGAAUGUUAUGAAUAGUGCCGUCCUCUUUUAUAUAUAUUUAGAAAUUAAUGAUCUACAUGUAAGUGUAUGUUUCGUGCUGUCGUGUGCAAGGUUAUGUAUUCAAGUUAUGUAUUCUGAAAGAACUGUAAAUGAGUAACAUAAAAUACAGAGAUGCAUUCAGUCUGGGACCAUUCACUAGCAUUUUGUCUCAGAAAAGACAAAACGGUAUUCAAACUUGAAAGGAUUUCUAUUUGAAUAUAUUAUUCUAAAUUUGAAAUUUACUCUAUAUGAACUAGCUUCUCAUCAGCACUUUCAAUGCCAGCAUGACUAAAAUCAAUAAUACAGGCACCAAGUACAUGUACUUGAAUUCAAUUGUUAGCAAGUUUGCAAAUUGAAUAUGGCUUUUAAAGUUAUUGUUAUGAUGAACCAAUAAAAACGGGGGAAAAAUAAAAGUUGAAUUGAUACCUCAACUACGUGAUUUCUUUGUCAUUGGACAUUGUCACUUUGAAAAGCCAUUUUGUUUGCUAUUUGAUGAAUACAGGACUGAAAACUUGUGACACAUCAGUUUCCUUUUACUUCAUCCAUUUUACCAAAACUGGCAAGAAGCUACGUCUUUUUAUAUAUGUUUUCAUCCACAACAAUUCAUUCAGUUACAUGUGAGGUCAUUGCUACAAGUGAGGUAUCAAUGAAAAGUGACAAUUUCCUCUUUCAUAUUCAGGUUAAUUGACAUAAUAAAGUGUCAUCAGGUAUGAUUAUUGAUAUUGCAUUUUAUUCCCUUUAAUUUGAUAUUUAUACAAUGUAAAAUCUGAACUAUUAAUCAGACAAAAUCAGGACAUAGUUCUCAAAUCAUCUUGGAAAAUCAUCUUUGUGAAAUUGCCCUUUUUUCACAAUAUCAAGAAAAACAGAGUAGGUGGGUCAAAAUUAACACUGGUUGAACUUGUUUAAGAUUUUUGUGCCGUGUUGUCUUUUUGUAAUGAUAUUCAAUUGCAGACAUCACUUUUGGUCACACAUAACUGUACAUAACACUAAGUAGGCCUAUAUGAAGAACAAACAAUAAAUGUAUAUGAUUCCGUCUCUGUUAUCAUCAUUCAGACAUAGUAGGACAAGUUGUUUAUCAGUCAACAUGAAUGACACACUUCAAGCCUGAGAAUUAUUGUCUAGAGUUAUGCAAUUAGGUCAUGAUAUAUAUUCAAAGUUUUGGGUAGGUGUUUAAAGGUAAUAGCGUGAUACAUGCUACUUAAAAUAGAAUGUUAAGAGAUUGAAAAGAAUUUUUUAAAUAUAUUAUUACACAUAUCACUUAACCCUAAUUUAACUGGGUUGACAUGCGCUUACAAAAUGUUUACAUAUUUUCGGUACUGCAUACCCGGGCAUCGCAAAUUUGGUUUUAAGAGAUGUGCAAGAUUUGAAAAUUAAUAGUCAGUGAGCAGCGCAGUCAAAAAAAUUUCGCCCGAUGGCGUAGCGAUGAAAUUUGUCGAGGGGGGGUCAAAUUGACCCAUUCCAGUUAAGUAUAAAGGGUUAUGAAUGUACUCAUUGCAGAAUUCUAUUGGUUGCAGAUUAUUUUGUUGCCUUACAAAAUAAAAUCUUUUACCUCACGUAUUUUUUCACCUCUUGCCUCUGUACUCAAAACAUAGAGCGUUGUUUGCUGGGCCUCGUCCUACCAUAUCUGAAUGGGUCUUUCAUUGUCUUUCACUAUUAGAUAGAGUGCCUUGGUCAAAACACCAUUUCGUGACUUCUUUUGUACUGUGUUUGGUUACAAGUGAAUUAUUGUCACACUGAUCUUUGAUAUAUUUGUUUUAUUUGCUGGGAAAUGUUGAUAUGCUACAUGUCUUCAGAGUAGAAAUGUAUUUUAUUCAGAAGUACUUCACCAUGCACAGUACUGAAGCCAAUGCAGACAAAGGUGAAAGUAAGCCGUAGUUCAGGAUACGGACAUGAGAUUAAAUGUAAUGUACUUGUGACAAUGCAGUAUAUUGUUUUUGUCUAAUAGCCGAGAUUGUAAAAGAUUGUGUUAUAGUAGUUGAUAGGUUUGUGAUUGCAUUUCUGGGGAAUGAAGAUCUAAUCCAUGGAUCCGAGAGGUGAUCUGUAAUUGUACACCGAUACUGGACUAGCUCCUUUUACGUAAUAUGCGUCAUACUGCUUGGGUGUAUAUUUUUUGUGGGGGGGGGGUUAGACUACAGAGGGUAAAGAUCUUUUUUACUUAAUAUAACAAGUUGCUUUAGCUUCUCAGUAUGAGGACUUAGCAUACUGAAGUUGUACCAUAUUGUUAUUGUACAAAGCUAAAAAUGAACUCUUUUCUCUAAUAUAGAAAAUUACAAGCUUAUCCAGAAAAGGAAUAUUCUUUAA